GUCAGUCGUGCCGUCAAAUUUGGAAAAUAAUAAUACUGUGUGCUGCUUUUUAUGUGAUGUUUCUGUGAGAUUUUGCGUGCUAAAGACCAAAAAGGAGAAUCCAGGUGAUCUGCAAGGAUGUAUCUGAUGAAGACACCAACUCUCCGGAUAGAUAAGAGUGAUUUGGAGUGCCGAAAUGGGUGUGGAUUUUAUGGAAAUGCCCAAUGGGAUGGAUUGUGCUCAAAGUGCUAUCGAGAUAGGAAUUCCAAGGGACCCAGCAAAGCAAAACAUCACUUUCCGGGCAUCCGGAGUGCGUCAGAGGUCAAUAGACAUCCUCACUUGUCGCGUCAACCAGCACCCGUGCCGUCGUCACAUCCGCCCGCGCAUGAUAAGCUGAAGAAGCGGAACAUCUUGGAAGUGUUCAAGAAGUCACCCAAUGCAAAGGAGAGCGCGGAGAAGAGGCAACACGCGAAGGUUCAUCCGCUGGACAAGGCGGAGUUGGAGUACGCGGAGGCGCUGAAGCAGCUCAAGCUGGCGGAUGAGACGAAGAAGGAGCUGAAGUACUUGAUCCAGAUGUUCGAUCAGCUGAUCCACAAGAAGUACACUAGCUACAAUGUGGAGAAGAUCAGCGACAGCGUCCAGACCAGCUACAUUAAGAUGUCUGACUACAUGGCCAUCGAGGGAUCACCCUUUGAGGGCACGACGCCUGAGCAGAAGGAGGAGAUGCUGGAUUUCUUCGAGAAGUGCGUCAUGACGAGGAAUCACAAGAUUCUCUUCUCGCCUCCGUUCACCAACGAUGAGGAAAAGGACUCCGCCAUUCAGUCACGCAUCCGCCAGCUAAGCUGGAUCAAUGCGAAGCACCUCCUCUGCACCAUUGACGAAGUGAACGCAGAGGUGAGAGAUCUCGUCUACAGUGCAAUCACGGAACUCGUGGCGAUGGACAGCUUCCAGUCGCCACAGGAGAAGUUGGAGUGCAUCGUGCGCUGCUGUCGCAACAUCUUCAAUCUGCUGAAGCACACGGGCAAUGGGGGCCCCGCCAGUGCCGAUGAAUUCCUGCCGGCGCUGAUUUUCGUGGUGCUAAAAGCCAAUCCGGCGCGUCUGCACAGUAAUAUCAACUACAUCACGCGAUUUAGCAACGCGAGUCGCCUGAUGAGCGGCGAAGGGGGAUAUUACUUCACAAAUCUCUGCUGUGCCAUCUCGUUUAUUGAGAAUCUCACGGCGGAGUCGCUGUCGAUGGCGGACGAUGAGUUCCGGGAGUUGAUGUCGGGCGAGAAGAUGUGCAAUUCGGCGUGGGAGAGCGCCUUGCUGGCCUGUGAAAGUCUCAAUCUCAUCUCGGACAAUAUGAAGAUCAUGGCGGACCUCAGGAAGAGGAACGAGGACCUUCAGGAUGGCAUUGAGGCCAUGAACAGGGACAUGGAUGACUUCAAGAAUGAGAUCUCACGGAAGGUGUCUGAAGUGAUAAGUCGAACUCCUCUCGUGCUGAAGCCCAUCCAUUCGCGACAGAAUUUGUGUGAGAAUCGCAAGAGUGUUCCGAAUCCUGUGGAUUAUGCGUCUGGAGGUCACUUUCAGGCGAAUCUUGUGUCAGCGCUGAAGCUGGAGGACGCUCAGGCGCCAAAGUUGAAAGUGGAGACAGUGUCGGGGAUUCCUUUGGCCAGUGUGGAAGAGAUUCUGGACAAGGCUGAGCAGCCAGAAUUGGAAACACUGGCCAGAAAUCUCACAGACACUCUCGAGACGACGACGACGACGACGACGACGACCAAAGAUGAGGGAAUGUUGGGAACCAUAAGUGCCAGCAAUUCCACAGAUCUUCUCUCGGCAUCGCCCAUCUUCGGCUACUCAUCCUUCGAUGUGAACUCCCUGGACGGCCUGGCGACGCCCGAUGACUUCGUGCCCAUUGACUUCAGCCACGGACUCACGAAUAUCAACUAUGAUUUCGACUUUUCCGACAACAGUGCUGAGAAUAGUGUGGCUGAGGACGCGGCUGUGGACGUGAGAUGCUCUCUGCCGGUCUCCAGGUCGGAUCUGGAGGAGUUCGAUCCACUUCUGGCCAGAGAGGUGGACGAAAUGCCGCCACCCAAAGACUUGAAACUCUCAGAACAAUGCGCUUCCAGCGAAAUGCAGCGAAGCAUCAUUGAUGGUGGGAAUUCGCCAAAUGAAAUCCUCCUGCCGUCGCCGCUGAAGCCAAUCGCGCCGGAUUACAAGGGAUUCACGAAGCAGGGACAGAGUAUUCCCACAAUUUCCUGCGACUUUGGCUCCUCAGCCGCCCACAAUUCAUCCAAGUGAUGCCCUGAAGGCGCUUCAAUACUUCACAACGAGGUGCUCUAGUCUCAACAAUGCUUCCGGGUGAGCGCCCGGAAUCCCUUCGCCCCUCACAGAUUAUUCCCCGCUCUGUGUUGUUCUUUUCAAAGGAUUUAUUUUGCCAAGAUUAUAUGUAAUAAAAUCCACUGUUUUAGU